AUGGAUGAAAUAUAUUUUGCAGGCGUUGAAGGAGGAGCGACGCAAUCGACGCUAUUGAUUUCAAAUGCGGAUGGCAAAAUUGUUGCACGAGCGCGAGGCGAUUCAUGUAAUAUUUGGUUGGAUGGCAUUUCAGAAGUGGCAAAAAGAAUUGCAGUAAUGGCAGAUCAAGCAAAACUAGAAGCAAACAUUCCAAUAAUAAUUAAAUUUAAAUGUAUUGGUUUGAGUUUAUCAGGUUGUGAGCAAGAAUCGACGAAUGCAGCAUUAGAGAAAGAAAUCAAAAAAUCGUUUCCAAAUUUAGCUGAGAAUUAUGUAGUCUGUAGUGAUACGUUGGGCAGUAUAUUGACUAUUGGAUCAGGUGGAAUUGUAAUUAUUGCAGGUACCGGUUCAAAUAGUGUUCUACGAAAUCCGAAUGGAGAAACGACUCAGUGUGGCGGAUGGGGACAUCAAUUGGGAGAUGAAGGAAGCGCAUAUUGGAUUGCUCAUAAAGGCAUUAAGACAGUAUUUGAUCACGAAGAUAAUUUACAAAAGUCAAAAUAUGAUGUGGCAAACACAUGGGAAUUGAUAAAAAAUCAUUUCAAGGUUGAAAAUCGAACAGACAUGCUUGAACAUUGCUAUGCUAAAUUUCAAAAAUCAUUUUUCGCCAAGUUAUGCCAUCAAAUGUCAAUUUGUGCAUUUAAUGGAGAUGAAUUAUGUAAAAGUGUAUUUAAAGACGCUGGAAAACUUUUGGCUAGAAUGAUUGUAGCUCUUUUACCGAAAGCAUCGUCUGAAUUAAUAUUAAGUUGCCAUUUGCCUAUUUUAUGCGUUGGAUCAGUCUGGAUAAGUUGGGAGCUUUUAAAACAAGGAUUUAUAGAUGAGCUUCAUCUACACAAUAUUCCAUUUGAACUUAGAUUGCUUAAACUUAAAACUGGAGUGUCACCUGCAUUAGGUUCAAUUUACAUGGCAGCUGAUUUCGUCAAAUUUUCUUUGCCAAGAGAAUAUGCAAAAAAUUACGAAAUCUUUUUCAGAUACAAUUACAACGACGUAAAUAAUCUAUGAUUUUAAAAUUCUAUAUCAUUUUAUUACCAGUAUGACUAUUUUCACUUGUGUGUACUAUAAAUAAGCAUUGUUUAACACAAAUGAUUACUUACAAUGUCCAUCAUAAAUGCAU